CCGAAGCCGCCGCAGCCUGCGGAAACCCGGAUGGAGAUCGCUGGGUGGAGGCGCGGGAGCCAGCUGGCAAGAGCUUUCCGGGCUGCUGCCGCCAUAUAGGUUCGAUACUACUACCCAAAGAAUCUGCCACAGCUGCAGCAUGGGCGGCAAAAACAAGAAGCACAAAGCGCCGGGAGCCGCGGCGGUGCGGGCCGCCGUGUCUGCUUCCAGAGCCAAAUCUGCUGAGGCCGGAGCUUCUACGGAAAUCCAAAGCAAGAAGCCUGUGGCCAGGCCGCCCCCAGCCGCCGCCGCCGGCGCCCGGGAGUCUCGCGUCAAGCAAGGUCCAAAAAUCUAUAGUUUUAAUUCUUCUAAUGAUUCUGGCGGUCCAGCAAAUCUGGAUAAAUCUAUUUUGAAAGUGGUAAUUAAUAACAAAUUAGAGAAAAGAAUUAUUGGUGUCAUCAAUGAACAUAAAAGGCAAAGUCAUGACAAAGGAGUGAUUUCCGGAAGACUUACUGCCAAAAAGUUACAGGAUUUAUACAUGGCUUUACAAGCAUUUUCAUUUAAGACAAAGGACAUUGAGGAUGCCAUGACAAAUACACUUCUACAUGGAGGUGAUCUUCAUUCUGCUUUGGACUGGCUCUGUUUGAAUCUUUCAGAUGAUGCACUUCCUGAAGGAUUCAGUCAAGAAUUUGAAGAGCAACAACCCAAAAGUAGACCAAAAUUUGAGUCUCCUCAAAUAAAAGCUACUAUUUCACCUCCAUUACAAACUAAAAUCAAGAAUCGGGAAGAAGACCCUAAGAUCAAGCCAGUAAAGGAAGAAAAAACUAUGGAGGUAAAUGUAAAAGAGUGGAUUUUGCAAUAUGCAGAACAGCAAAAUGAAAAAGAAAAAAGUGACAACUCUAACAGUUUAGAAGAGGAAGAAAAAUUUGAUCCUAAUGAAAGGUACUUGCACCUUGCAGCAAAACUUCUAGAUGCAAAGGAGCAAGCAGCUACCUUUAAGCUAGAAAAAAACAAGCAAGGACAAAAAGAAGCUCAAGAUAAAAUAAGGAAAUUUCAAAGAGAAAUGGAAACUUUAGAAGACCAUCCAGUCUUCAAUCCAGCCAUCAAAGUUUCACAUCAGCAAAAUGAAAAGAAAAAGGCUCCUGUAGCUACAGAGGAGGAAAAUGCUUUGAACUUUAAUUUAUUUGAAAAAUCUGCUAUUACUGAAGAACAAAAAGAUAAAAAGAAAGAACCUCAUGAUGUAAGAAAUUUUGACUAUACAACUCGAAGCUGGACUGGAAAAUCUCCCAAACAAUUUCUGAUUGAUUGGGUUAGGAAGAAUCUUCCCAAGAGUCCAAACCCUUCCUUUGAAAAAGUUGCAGUAGGUAGAUACUGGAAAUGUAGGGUAAGAGUAGUCAAGUCCGAAGAUGAUGUCCUAGUAGUUUGUCCUACAAUCUUAACAGAGGAUGGCAUGCAAGCUCAGCACCUGGGAGCAACUUUAGCCCUUUAUCGUUUAGUGAAAGGGCAGUCUGUUCAUCAGUUACUCCCUCCCACUUAUCGAGAUGUCUGGCUGGAAUGGAGUGACACAGAAAAGAAACGGGAAGAAUUAAAUAAAAUGGAAACCAAUAAACCACGUGAUCUUUUUAUUGCCAAACUUUUAAAUAAGGUGAAACAACAGCAGCAGCAGCAGCAACAGCAACAGCAGCAGCAUCUUGAAAGUAAAAAAGAAAACUCUGAAGAUCCUGAGGAAUCUUGGGAAAAUUUAGUUUCUGAUGAGGAUCUUUCUGCAUUGACCUUGGAAUCAGCAAAUGUAGAAGAUUUGGAACCUGUUAGAAACCACUUUAGAAAGUUGCAAAGCACACCUAAGUAUCAGAGACUUCUAAAGGAAAGACAACAGUUACCUGUGUUCAAACACCGAGAUUCCAUCGUGGAAACUCUUAAGAGGCACCGGGUUGUGGUUGUGGCAGGUGAAACAGGGAGUGGUAAAAGCACUCAAGUACCACAUUUUCUAUUGGAAGAUUUGCUUCUAAGAGGAUGGGAAACAAGCAAAUGUAACAUUGUAUGUACCCAGCCCCGAAGAAUCUCAGCAGUAAGUUUAGCCACCAGAGUGUGUGAUGAAUUAGGCUGUGACAGUGGACCUGGAGGAAGGAAUUCUUUGUGUGGCUAUCAGAUCCGGAUGGAAUCUCGAGCUAGUGAAUCUACCAGAUUACUCUACUGUACAACAGGAGUUUUGUUAAGAAAACUUCAAGAAGAUGGUCUUCUAACUAAUGUGUCUCAUGUUAUUGUAGAUGAGGUUCAUGAAAGAAGUGUCCAAUCAGAUUUCCUGCUAGUUAUCUUGAAGGAAAUUUUACAGAAACGUUCUGACCUACACUUGAUUCUAAUGAGUGCCACUGUGGACAGUGAAAAGUUUUCUACAUAUUUUACACACUGUCCUAUUCUCAGAAUUUCAGGAAGAAGUUAUCCUGUUGAGGUUUUUCAUCUUGAAGAUAUAAUAGAAGAAACAGGCUUUGUGCUAGAGAAAGACUCUGAAUAUUGUCAGAAAUUUCUGGAGGAGGAAGAAGAAAUCACUAUUAAUGUUACAAGUAAAGCUGGGGGAAUCAAAAAAUAUCAGGAAUACAUCCUAGGUCAUACUGGAGCAAGUGCUGACUUAAAUCCGUUUUACCAAAAGUAUAGCAGCCGUACUCAGCACGCUAUUAUGUACAUGACCCCGCAUAAAAUCAACCUGGAUCUUAUUUUGGAACUUCUUACAUAUUUAGACACAAGUCCCCAGUUCAGAAAUAUUGAAGGAGCAGUACUGAUCUUCUUACCAGGCCUUGCUCAUAUUCAACAGUUGUAUGAUCUCCUAACAAAUGACCGAAGAUUUUAUUCUGAACGAUAUAAAGUGAUAGCUCUGCAUUCUAUUCUUUCAACUCAAGAUCAGGCUGCAGCAUUCACACUUCCUCCUCCCGGAAUCAGGAAGAUUGUUUUGGCAACAAAUAUUGCAGAGACGGGGAUCACUAUCCCAGAUGUUGUAUUUGUAAUUGAUACUGGAAGAACAAAAGAAAAUAAGUACCAUGAAAGCAGUCAGAUGAGUUCUUUGGUUGAGACUUUCGUCAGUAAAGCUAGUGCUCUGCAGCGCCAGGGGAGAGCUGGGCGGGUCAGAGAUGGCUUCUGCUUCCGAAUGUAUACAAGAGAAAGAUUUGAAGGAUUCAUGGACUAUUCUGUGCCUGAAAUCUUGAGGGUACCUCUGGAGGAAUUAUGUCUUCAUAUUAUGAAAUGUAAUCUUGGUUCUCCUGAAGAUUUCCUCUCUAAAGCCUUAGAUCCUCCUCAGCUUCAAGUAAUUAGCAAUGCAAUGAAUUUACUCCGAAAAAUUGGAGCUUGUGAACUGAAUGAGCCUAAACUGACUCCAUUGGGCCAACACCUUGCAGCUUUACCUGUGAAUGUCAAAAUUGGCAAGAUGCUCAUUUUUGGUGCCAUAUUUGGCUGUCUUGAUCCAGUGGCAACACUUGCGGCAGUUAUGACAGAGAAGUCACCGUUUACUACACCCAUUGGUCGAAAAGAUGAAGCAGAUCUUGCAAAAUCUGCUUUGGCAAUGGCAGAUUCAGAUCACCUGACAAUCUACAAUGCCUAUCUAGGAUGGAAGAAAGCACGACAAGAAGGAGGCUAUCGUUCUGAAAUCACAUAUUGCCGGAGAAAUUUUCUUAACAGAACAUCACUGUUAACCCUGGAGGAUAUAAAGCAAGAAUUAAUAAAGUUGGUUAAGGCAGCAGGAUUUUCAUCUUCCACAACUUCUACCAGCUGGGAAGAAAACAGAGCCUGUCAGACCCUCUCUUUCCAAGAUAUUGCCCUUCUUAAAGCUGUAUUGACUGCUGGACUGUAUGACAACGUGGGAAAGAUAAUUUGCAUGAAAUCAGUGGAUGUCACAGAAAAAUUGGCUUGCAUUGUAGAGACAGCUCAAGGCAAGGCACAAGUACAUCCUUCCUCAGUGAACCGGGAUUUGCAAACUUAUGGGUGGCUUUUAUACCAGGAGAAGAUAAGAUAUGCCAGAGUGUUUUUGCGGGAAACAACCCUAAUAACUCCUUUUCCAGUUUUACUUUUUGGUGGUGACAUAGAAGUUCAACAUCGGGAACGUCUUCUUUCUAUUGAUGGUUGGAUCUAUUUUCAGGCACCAGUAAAGAUAGCUGUCAUUUUCAAGCAGCUAAGAGCUCUCAUUGAUUCUGUUUUGAGAAAAAAGCUUGAAAAUCCAAAAAUGUCUCUUGAAAAUGACAAGAUUCUACAGAUCAUUACAGAACUGAUAAAAACAGAGAAUAAUUGAUACUACAAUUCAUGGUGUAUGCUUUAAAAAGUUGGGAUGAUGAUAAAAUUAUGUGAAAAUGGGCCAUUAAGUAUUUCAUUACAACUAAAAUACUGCUAGUAGCCAUUAAAGUAAAGGUGGUGGGGGAAAAAAGCACAUACUUUUAACAUGUGUAAUUUUCUAGUUCCUUUUUAAUGAUGGUGAUUCUGUGUAUUUGCCACUACAUUUACAAUAAAUUCUUUGUUAUCAUCCAU